AUGACUGGAGUUCAAACCAAAAAUCACAUUCCAGAAACUUCUGUUCCAAAGCCUGAAAAUUUAUAUGUGCAGAAGUAUAUGAUGUUGAUUGAUGGCACAAAUGAAGUUUUUAUGAUUGAUAGAGAUAAUUCAGUGUUUCAUGUUUCAAAUCUGGAAUUUCCAUUUCGUAAAGAUCUCCGCAUGCAUUUAUCAAAUACUCUCCUAGAUGGGGAAAUGAUUAUUGACAGAGUAAAUGGACAGGCUGUUCCUAGAUACUUGAUAUACGACAUAAUUAAAUUCAAUGCACAGCCGGUUGGAGAUUGUGAUUUUAAUAUUCGUCUGCAGUGUAUAGAACGAGAAAUAAUAAAUCCUCGACAUGAAAAAAUGAAGACGGGGCUCAUUGACAAAACACAGGAACCAUUUAGAGUCAGAAAUAAGCCAUUUUUUGACAUCCAUGCUUCAAGAAAGCUACUUGAAGGAAACUUUGCCAAAGAAGUCAGCCAUGAAAUGGAUGGUCUCAUUUUCCAGCCCACUGGAAAAUAUAAACCUGGUCGAUGUGAUGAUAUUUUGAAAUGGAAGCCUCCCAGUUUGAAUUCUGUGGAUUUUCGCCUAAAGAUAACAAGAAUGGGAGGAGAAGGGUUACUUCCUCAGAAUGUUGGCCUUCUCUAUGUUGGAGGUUAUGAAAGACCCUUUGCACAAAUCAAGGUGACAAAAGAGCUAAAACAGUAUGACAACAAAAUUAUAGAAUGCAAAUUCGAGAACAACAGCUGGGUCUUUAUGAGACAGAGAACAGACAAAAGUUUCCCUAAUGCCUACAACACUGCCAUGGCCGUGUGCAACAGCAUCUCAAACCCUGUCACCAAGGAGAUGCUGUUUGAGUUCAUCAACAGAUGUGCGGCAGCUUCUCAAGGACAGAAGCGAAAGCGUCAUCAUCUGGACCCGGACACGGAGCUCAUGCCUCCACCACCUCCCAAAAGACGUUUGACUUAAAGACCAGCCUCUGACUUCAGGAUUGAGGGGAAAGAUGAGUGAGGAAAAGUGCUGUUGCCCCGUUUUCUUUGCGACCAGAGAAAUUCAAAACAGAGUGUGGCUUGAUGUUGAUACACAUUUAACUUUAAAAAAAAGAAGAAAGUAUUGUAGCCAGCCUGUAAAUAUUUGAUGCAUUUGUUUCCUCAGUGCUACAAUACAUCAUGGACUUAAACAUUUUAUUUAUAUCUGGUAAACUCAGCCUUACCUUGUGGAAUCUGAAGAUUGAAAUAUCCAAAGGUUUAAAUGAGAUCGAAAUCAAUGAAAAAGAGGCCUUGUUUCUAUACGGAUAACUUCCACUUUAAUUUAUAAAGUUAGCAAUCUAGAACUGUGAGUGCCUAGAACACUGUAUUUUUUAGAAGUUGUAUUUCAACUAUGAUAGAUUUUCCUUUUAAAACAUUUAGACAAUGGCAUUAAAUCUUCUUGCUAUUAUUUAUCAUGGAUUUCCUACAUUUCUGAAAUUCUUGUAUUCAAAACCAAAUGACAAAGUUGUUAAAUAUUGUGCUAUAUUAAACAACUUGGUCUGGCUUAUAUCAUUUUAAGAAGUUGUUUUGGAAAUGUAAAAGUAAAAAAGUAAAGCUCCAAUUUUGUUAAUUUCAUCUUUUCUAAAGGAGGUAUAUUGAGUCUUUUCAUCCUCUCUUUCUGUUGUUUGAACUGCAGUAUCAGCUAUCCAAUGUAUCCACUCUGGCAGUGGUCCCGAGUUACUUCAUAGAACUUAGAGACACACCACCCGGUCCUGUGUGUGUUGUUCUCCUGGGAGACUUUUGUUCUCUUUCUUUUUUUUGGUUUUAACGCCAGGGCUACUUCUGCUGUACCUCAGUGGUAGCACAUUGUAAAUUACAUUAAAACACACAACUCACUGUGAUGAUGGGAGUGAUAUCAGAUACAGACAGUGUUGUAUUUGUUCCCUUGCACCAAACAGCAAAGGAAAUGCCAGCUGACUCCUUUAAUUAGAAGGUAAUGUCAGUGGAAGAGAAUGCUGUCACUAGAAAAUGCUCUCCCACUGCUUGAUAAAUGCAGAGGCAAAGACUAGACAUCUGUAGGAACUAAACAUCAAGGAAGCCAAGACAUUUAUUUUCAAAGCCAGAAUUCUCUCAUCUUCUAUUCUGGGAAUGCUAUUUCAGUUGUACAUCUGAAUUUAAAAAAACAAAAAACAAAAAACACAUUUACUGAUAGAUAAUGGAUUUAAAGAGUGGCUAAUUGGUCACAUGCCAUUGUUGGGAAGCUGUGUUCUGAUUGGUUUGUGAAGGAACUCUUGAAAAUUAGCCUACUAGAAGCUAAUGUAUUUAUUUUUAGAGGUACAGGUUUUAAGUAUGUGUAUUUAAACAAAUUUUCAUGAUCUGAAUUUUAUAUAUGUAUAUGCAUAUAUAUGUGAGUAUAUGCAGCAGUGUAUAUUCUUCUGCUAAUACAGUGAGAAACCCAAACAGGUCACGUAGUAGAUUGAAUAUCUGAUAGGAUUUCUAUAUCAAAUAGCACAGAUGAACCAAACAUGUAUUUAUAUUCACCCGAGUUUUAAUGUUUUUAAACAAAGUUUCUUCCUGCAGUGCUUUUCUAUAUGAAAUACUAGAGUCAUGCUUGGGCUUCUUCCUUUACUGUUCCCAAGUUAGGUAAUGUAUAGUGAAUUUAUUCAAAAUGCCAUUUUAGUGUUUCUUUCCUAGAGUACUUUUGUGCGUUUGAGCACAACAGGGAUUAAAACAUCUGACUGCCGCACUAACUAUUGAAAAAUGGAAAUUGGUCAAGGUUUCAUGGUAUCUUGUACAAAGCAGAUCUAAAAAAAACGCCUAUGCAA